UACUUUCGACGCUGACGUCGGCACUCUGUUCAGUUGGCGUCCGGACUUCGGAGGUGGAGGUGCCCGCGCCCUUAGGUCUGUCCAGGCGAGAAUCCCGCCGCCCUCGGUCUCCGGUCCGAGAGGAAGGUGUCCGCUAGGCUUUCCUCGCGAACGCGUCCUCGGUGUAAAUUCCUAGGCGCCGUGGCGUUUGCGGAAGGAGCGGGUUCCGGGAAGGCAGCCAUGUCCUCGGCCGCCGUGUCCAAGUACGUGAACGACAUGUGGCCCGGCUCCCCGCAGGAGAAAGCGUCGCCGUCCGCGUCGGGCUCGGGCCGCUCCAGCCGCCUGUCGUCGCGCUCCCGCAGCCGCUCUCCGUCGCGCAGCUCCGGCCCCGACUCGCGCAGCUCCGGCCGCUCGUCGUCGCGCAGCCGCAGCCGGCCGCGGCGGAGCAGGCGUCGCUGCUACCGAGACGGCUGCUCCGGGCGGCGGCGGAGGCACUACCCGUCGCCGUCUCCCUGCGGCUCCCGGAGCAGGUCGCGCUCCCGCGGGAGGUCGCAUCACAGGAGGGCGUACGGCGCGAUCACGCGCGGGCGGCGCUUCUACGGCUUCGGCCGCACGGGCUACCCCGAGGAUCGCCCCAGGUGGAGGUCCAGGAGCAGGUCGCGCAGCAGGAGCAGGACCCCCUUUCGCCUGACCGAGAAAGGUGGGUCUCGGGGUCGGUCGCCCCCUGGGGUGGUCCUGGCCGGGACCUCUGAACAGGCUGGGUGGACUGACGGCACCGCUCCGCGGAGGGCGCUCUUCCUGCCGGUUGACUUUGGGGCCAGGAAUCUUGGGAUUUCCUGGCGGGAAAGGGGAGAGUUAAUUCCGCUGGUGAGUGGGUAGGACGCACAUUCCAGUCCCGGUGUGGUGGUCUGGUAAUUAAACGCCACUUAAUGGCCUUGCAGGCGCAAAGGAGCCUCACUAUCUGUCUAGCCGGCAGUUUCAAUACAGCCUUUAACGUGUUAAUUACUUAAAGUGGGAAGAACUCAACUUUUUUUU